AUGCGUGGUUGCUACGUUCUACCAAUGGUUGUUGCCCUUCUCUUUGCUGGCAUCGAAGAUGCUCACGCCAAAUUGUUGCCAUCCGACGCUGUUCUGGCAAUUGGUGAUAGUGACCUCAUGAAGGUGGGUGUCCUCAAGCUAUUUUUACGUAGCCACGAGGCUGUCGAAGAAGAUGUGGACCAAGAAGAGCGAAAUGUGGGCGCAGCGAAGAAGUUGCUUAAUCUGGACGAACUUGACGACGCUCUUCUUAGCCACAAGAUUCUCAAGAUUAUGCUCAAGAAGUGGGAGGCCGCACCUGCAGAAAAUGUGCAAGCUGUGAUGAAGAAGCUGGAGACCCAGAAAUACAACAAGUACAAUGAGAUUGCAAAAGCUUGGAGGAAUCGCCAGCAGGACAAAGUCGUGAGCGGGUUUCCUGUCAGCUACGUGGGUCUGGACGACCUGCUUAACCCGGAGACGCUGUCGAAGGCUCUUAAGAAUGCAAAUGGCGACAUGGAAUACUUCACGAAAUUGAUGGCAGCAUCCGAUGAAAACAGGAAAGCCGCUGUUAAGAUCCUGGCCGCGGAUUCAGAGUACAAAUCCCUUGUACGCGGAUUGGAAUAUGAUCUGCUUUGA